UCAACGAUUUUACGAAUCCACAAAUCCCUGGAUCAACGGCAACCCUUCGUUUCUUCCCACCCGCGUAUUAUCUCGUUUCUAAAUUUCCUGAGAAAAACCAUUUGUUUUCCGGGAAAAUCAUAACCCGAGCGAAAGGUUUUUGGUUUCGGGUGGGAAGAUACGUUGUGGUGUGAAUUCUAGUGGGCAUCUGGGAAAAUCUCAAAACUUUUCGAAAUUCCUUUAUUUCUUAUCCAAUCUGGUGAUUUUUGUUACAAUCAACGACUCGAUUAGCUCUAAAUCCGGAUUAGGAGAUUUCGAAAGAGACCCACUUUUUACAUUUCUCCAGGGAUAAUUGGAAACAGCUUGGAUCGCUUAUAGUUGCUGUUUCUCUGAUUUGUGAUUUUUGUUCCUUGUCGGUUGGAUCCGGUGGUGGUUUUCAAUGGGCGCAUUAGAUGAAGGGCAUUUGAAUCUGGAGCUUGAGGUUGGAUUGAAAAAUGGCUGCAUUGAGCUUCCUUUUGAGCACCAGCCUGAGACUUUAGCAAUCCAAGACGCUGUCAAGCUUCUCUUGCAAGGUCUUCGUGAGGAUGUCAAUAGAGAAGGCAUCAAAAAGACUCCUUUUCGUGUCGCCAAGGCCCUUCGAGAAGGCACCAGAGGUUAUAAACAAAAGGUGAAGGAGUUUGUACAGAGUGCUCUGUUUCCAGAAGCAGGGUUGGAUGAAGGAGUUGGGCAAGCAGGUGGAGUGGGAGGACUUGUUGUUGUUCGAGAUCUGGAUCAUUACUCUUACUGUGAAUCUUGCUUGCUUCCUUUUCAUGUGAGGUGCCACAUAGGUUAUGUCCCUUCGGAGCAACGGGUCUUAGGACUGAGCAAGUUCUCUAGAGUCGCAGAUGUUUUCGCUAAGCGGCUCCAAGAGCCUCAGCGUUUGGCUGAUGAUAUUUGCUCAGCUCUCCAACACUGGGUCAAACCAUCUGGAGUUGCUGUUGUUCUGCAAUGCUCUCACAUUCGCUUCCCUACUUUGGACGUUGACUCUCUGAGCUCGUCAAGCCACCAUGGAUUUGUGAAGCUAAUGGUUUCCUCUGGGUCAGGUGUUUUCGAGGAUGAAAGCUCGGAUCUUUGGGGUGAGUUUCUGAGUUUAUUGAAGUUCAAAGGCGUGAAAACGCAAGCUUUGUGUAGAAAUGGCGGCUCUGUGAGAGAGUGGUGCCCGAGCCUCAAAAGCUCGUCUAAACUCUCGCCUGAAGAAGACACAGAAAUGGUUUCUGCAGUCGUUUCCAUUCUGAAAUCAUUAGGAGAAGAUCCGUCGAGGAAAGAACUCAUUGCCACACCAGCUCGAUUCCUCAAGUGGAUGAUGAACUUCCAAAAUGCCAACCUCGAGAUGAAGCUAAACGGCUUUAACUGUGUCAAAAGCAAGUGCGAGAUCAGUGAAAGUAGGCUGCACUGUGAACUGAACUUGCCCUUCUGGUCAAUGUGUGAGCAUCAUUUGCUUCCAUUCUAUGGAGUUGUUCAUAUUGGCUACUUUUGUGCUGAAGGAUACAUCCCCAAUUCUACUGCAACUUCACUCAUGAAAUCGAUUGUACACUUUUAUGGGUUCAAGCUUCAAGUGCAAGAGAGGAUGACUCGACAGAUCGCUGAGACACUAUCGCCUCUUGUUGGCGGGGAUGUGAUCGUAGUAGCGGAGGCUGGGCAUACUUGUAUGAUCUCUAGAGGAAUUGAGAAGUUUGGAAGCAGCACCGCGACAAUUGCAGUUUUGGGUCGGUUUUCGAAUGACGGUUCUGCUAGAGCGGCCUUUCUAGACAAGAUCCAUACAGCAACUGCCUUGAAGACAGAUUCAAGCUUCCCCAUUUGAGAGGGUUUUCUUGUUUGUUUGUUGUCUUAUCUUAUAUGCUUCUGGUUGGGUUUUCUUUUUCUUAUAUAUUAUCAUAAACACUUCGAAGUCUCAAAGCUUCGGAAGCAAAUCGAUUUCUUGGUUUUUGAUU